AUGGCUGCGUACUGCGACAGUCUGGGCGCCUACUCGGCCCCGCACCACCAAGUCUCGGCCACAGCGCAUCCUCAAAGCUACCCGUGCGGUGAUCUGGGCGCAGCCGGAGGCGGCCCAGGCCUGUGGGUGAACCCGGCGCUCAGCCAGGCUCCCCACACGUCGGGGCCGGGCCCAGCGGUGCCCUUCGCGGCCCCGCGCUACGCGGCCGGAGACCCGCUACUUGGUGCCCCCGGAGGUCUGGCGGGCGCCGACCUCGCGUGGCUGAGCCUCUCCGGCCAGCAGGAGCUGCUGCAGCUCGUGCGGCCGCCCUACUCUUAUUCUGCGCUCAUCGCCAUGGCCAUCCAGAGCGCGCCGCUGCGGAAGCUGACGCUCAGCCAGAUCUACCAGUACGUGGCGGGCAACUUCCCCUUCUACAAGCACAGCCGUGCGGACUGGCAGAACUCCAUCCGCCACAACCUGUCGCUCAACGACUGCUUCAAGAAGGUGCCGCGGAGCCAGGACGAUCCAGGCAAAGGCAAUUACUGGACCCUGGACCCCAAAUGCGAAAAGAUGUUUGACAAUGGAAACUUUAGGAGGAAGAGGAAGCGGCGAGGAGAGGCUGGAGCGGCCGCGCCGGCGGGGACCGGGAACCCUGCCGUCGCCCCGGACCCACAGGCCUCGCCGUCUCCGCCCACGCCCGAGGCCGCAGCCUGCUUUUCCAGCUUCGCCUCGACCAUGGGCGUUCUGGCCGGAGGUUUUGCUGCCUUUCCCGGAGAUCUGGAAGGCGACUUUUCUUUGGGGAAGACCUGGAACCAGGCAGCCCACCUGCCGCGUACUCACCCCUAA